UAUUUGGUCAUCGUUUUGAUUUCGACCUUCAAAAAGCAGCUGUUUUUAGUUAGGGUUUUUGACGAGGGAAGGGUUUUACAGACGGAAAAUAGAAAAUCGAAACGAUGGAUACUUCUGCUCUUGAUUCAGCUGAAAUGCAGCGAUUCCUCAACCAAGAAAAAGAAAAGGCCAUGGUUAAUGAGAUGGUUGCGAAGCUUACAAGUGCAUGUUGGGAUAAGUGCAUCACUAGCACUCCUGGGAGCAAGUUUAGCUCAAGCGAAUCAUCUUGCCUUACUAAUUGCGCUCAACGAUAUAUGGAUAUGAGCCUCAUCAUCAUGAAACGUUUCCAAUCCAUGCAUUGAUAAUUUACAAUCAGCAGACUCCUACAUCAGUUACAAGAUGUUCUUAUUGGUCCCUAUCAGCAUUCAGCAGUUGAUAUUGUAUCAGUUCAAAAUAUUCAGUAUUUUUUUGAAAUUAAAUGCCUUUGAUGCUGCAUGAUUAGCAUCAUUCUGUGUUACAAUGGAUUAUAUUUUUUCUAUUUAUGAUCUAAAACAUGAUCAAUACAAAUGGCAGUAUUCUGUGUUUUUUGA